AUGGAGAGAUUCCUUGUAAAAAGCAAGGGACAACAUUCGAAGCGGUCAAAUCUUGCCGAUGAGAUCCUACAAGCACAAAUGUGGUUCGGUGCCAUGGGGCAAGGCAAAAAAAGUUUCAUGAGUCACCAAUGUUUGGAAGUUGUGAAGAAUUGUUCACGAUUCAAAAUUAUUUCCACUGGUCCGCCGGUUGUGUUAAAUGAGACACCGUUCCACGAUUCGUCAGGAACUUAUUCAUCAUUGGACUCCCCAAUGGAUCAAGACUCACCACUCCCACGUAUGCUGAGACCUAUUAGGAGAAAGGCGGCAAAGGCCAAGAGAGGAAGCACUUCAAACAAUGAAUGUGCACAAUGUUGGGAGCAAAUAGCUAAGAACAGCGCACUGAGAAUUGAGAGAGACUUGAAAAGAGAAGAAGCGGACAAGGCACGACAUAAAGCAUUUGCAAUUCAAAGGCAGCAGGCACAAGAACAAGACAUAGAGGACAGAGAGAUGAAAAUCAUGGCCAUGGAUAUGAGCCAUAUGUCUCUUGAAACAAAGUCCUAUUGGAAGCUAAAACGAAGGGAUGUGAUGAGAAGAAAACUUUCCAUGACAACGGACCUAGCAAUAUGGAUUGGUUAA